AUGAAUAAAUUUUUCCAUAUUUUACUUUUUCUUGAAAUAUUGCUUAUUUUUGUUAAUUAUAUUAAUGCUAAUUAUAAUAUUAAAACAAAAAAAUUAAUUUUUGAGUCUAAAUCAAAGCAAUGUAAAAAGUCUAUUUAUUUCUAUUGCGAAAAAGAAUCAUUUUUUAUAUCAAGUAAAGAUAAUGUAUAUGUAGAAAUUCAAGAUGAUAAAACAAUUAUAAACAGUUUAAAUAUAUAUGGAAAAUUACACACAAAUGAUUUAUUAUUUUUUGAAAAUAAACAAUGGAAAUUAUUCCACUUGAAUACUUUCGAUAUAAAUGAUAAUUCAUGGAAACCCUCGGAGUUUAGUACAUGCCACAAUUCUCCCGAUACGUUCCUUGGUGGACCAUGCAAAUUUGGUGCUACUGAAGCUUAUACUCAAAUUAGUAAUUUACCAAAGCAUAAUGUGUUAAACAUAAAAUUAAGAGUUCAUUUUUUUGAUAAAUGGGAUAAUGAUUCAUUAUUCUUACAAGUUGAUAAUAAAACAAUAUGGACACAAUCUCAUGAAUCAUGCCCUGAAGAAAAGUGUCUUUCAGGAAUAGAUGUUUGUGGCCAAAAUCAUCCUGACCGUUUAUCAGUUCCCGUAGAUGUACAAUUUCAACAUUCCUCCGAUACAUUAACUAUAUUAAUUGGAAGCACUUUAAAAAAGGCAACUGACUCAUGUGUAACAUCAUGGGGAAUAGAUGAUUUUAUCAUUUAUUAUAAAUAA